AUGUCAGGCAGCGCUGGCUUUGAUAGACACAUCACAAUCUUCUCAGAUCAAGGAAGACUGUACCAAGUUGAGUAUGCAUUCAAAGCGAUCACAGCAGCAAACAUCACGUCGAUAGGGGUCCGAGGCAAGGACUGUGCAGUAGUUCUCUCGCAGAAGAAGGUCCCCGACAAGCUCAUUGAUCCAUCCUCCGUCUCACACAUCUUCAAACUCUCCCCUUCGGUCGGUUGCGUCAUGACAGGAUCAAUAGCGGACGCACGGGCAUCAGUCAAUAGGGCCAGAGGUGAGGCGGCUGAAUUCAAGUACAAGAACGGAUACGAGAUGCCUUGUGACGUGCUGGCAAAGAGACUAGCAAACAUCAACCAAGUCUACACGCAGAGGGCCUACAUGAGACCACUAGGAGUUGCUCAAACCUUGAUCUCGGUAGAUUCCGAAUAUGGCCCCCAGCUCUACAAGUGUGACCCAGCAGGAUAUUACGUGGGUUACAAGGCGACUGCAUCGGGACCGAAACAACAGGAGGCAUUGAACCAUCUGGAGAAGAAGCUGAAAAAUAAGGAGUGUGCCGAGGGGAAUUGGGAAGAUGUUGUGGAGCUCGGAAUAUCAGCAUUAAGCACAGUGCUCAGUGUGGAUUUCAAAAAGGGCGAAUUAGAAGUCGGUAUUGUGGGAGGGCCCAAAGCGGGCGACAAGGAGGGGACAGAUGCGCAGUUCAGAGCGUUGACCGAGGACGAGAUCGAAGAGAGGUUGCAAGCCAUCUCUGAGAAAGACUGA